AUGGAAUGUCCCCCAGGAAAUGGUCUUUUCCGCCUUGCUAUAUGUCUGUGCUGGCUUAACAUCGCCUCAGGGCUAGUGUACGAUUGGACCAAAGCAAAGAUAGACUAUCCGUCAAAGGACAUGUUCCUCCACGUAGUUCCGCUCCAGGUGACACAGAACCGUUUUGUGGUGACGCAGUGCGCCAUGGAUUGUCUAAAGGACAACCGGUGUAAGUCCUACAACUUCCUGUCCGAUCCCGCAGUCUGUGUCCUCAACGACAAGAGCCACGUUGACGUCCCGACGUCGAGUCUGCGCAAGAACACCACGUCAGAGUACUAUGAGCGGGAGGCAUUCUCCAUUGAUCCACUGGCUCUCGGCUUAUGUACGGGCGUGACCUGUGAGAAUGGAGGACAGUGUAUAGAGACGACUGACUCUCAGGGGGCCGACAUCUUCCACUGUGUGUGCGUCCAGGGAUGGGCGGGAGACCACUGUCAAACUCAAGUACCGUGGCCUUAUUGGGGCGCGUGGACGAACUGGGGCGCAUGCUCCGUGACUUGUGGUUUAGGCUGGAGACUGCGAACCCGGAAGUGUAUGGAUGGACAGACUCAAAAGGUCACGGACUCCUUGCGAUGCCCCGGGAAGGACACAGACGUAGAGGAAUGUGAUGACCAGGAGUGUCCGCGCUGGAACCACUGGGGGAACUGGGGCGUCUGUUCCACGGAAACCACGUGCGGCAAAGGGCUCAGAACACGGACUCGGACCUGCUCGAACGGCGGAACCCCCGGGGUGGAUCGCUUCUGUAUGGGGCCGUUGAACCAGACCGGGUAUUGUCAGGGCAUUGAUUGUAAAGCCCCAGUCCGUCUACAGGAUGGACCGACGUUUGGAGAAGGACGAAUUGAAUUGUUUAAUGAUCUCACCGAGAGGUGGGGUUCUAUCUGUGCUGACAAAUGGGAUUUGAAUGCUGCCAAUACUGCGUGCCGACAGAUGGGAUUUUCCGCUGCCAGUGAAGUGGUUACAGAUGGGCGGUAUGGAAUGGGUACAGGAACGAUAACUCUGUCAGACGUUUCUUGUCCGACUACCGGACGUAAAAUCCAGGGCUGUCGUCACAGCGUGUGGAGCGCUACCACAGAGUGUGCAGGAGGCAUUGCUGCCGGGGUGAAGUGUAAGGUGGACGGUGAUUGGAACAUGUGGACGUCAUGGGGCACUUGUUCCGUCACGUGUGAGACCGGGAUAGAAACACGGACCCGCAUGUGUGACCUUCCCCCGACUCUACAUGGAGGAGAGCCGUGUGCAGGCCCCGGGAUCGAACAGCGGGCGUGUACCCAGCCGCCCUGUCCAGGCAGCGGGACUUGGGGCAACUGGGGUCCCUGGGAGGCGUGUGAUGUAUCCUGCGGGGAUGGCAGCCACAGAAGAUACCGGAUCUGUGUCGACACGGUGUCCUGCAGUGGGGCGACGGAAGAAACCCAGGCUUGUAGUACCAACGUUCCCUGUCCUGGAAGACUUAUUCAGCUUUUAAUAUUUACCAAUGAAGCUUUACAUUCAGUGCAUUUCAUCACAAUACAGUGCUGCCCAACAGUCAACGGUCUCUGGCAGCAGUGGUCGGCGUGGACCCAGUGCACUGUUACGUGUGGAGGCGGAUGGAGAUCACGUGAGAGGAACUGUACAGACCCUCGUCAUGGUGGUGAAGAAUGUUUUGGGGAAGCAGGGGUGGUGACAGACUGUAACACACAACCGUGUCCAGUGGACGGUUACUGGCUGGAAUGGUCGGAUUGGUCGGAGUGCACUGUCUCAUGUGGAAGUGGGUCCCAGACGCGCAUGCGGGAGUGUAAUCCUGCCAAACAUGGUGGUAUCAACUGCACAGGCGUGUCCCAAGAUACAGUAUCAUGUAACGCACACCCUUGCCCAGUUGACGGGUUUUGGCUGGAGUGGUCCGACUGGUCAGUGUGCACUGUGCCGUGUGGUAGUGGAUCUCAGGGGCGCAUGCGUGAGUGCAAUCCUGGGAAAUACGGCGGUGCCAAUUGCUCUGGACCAUCCAAUGAAACAAGAGAGUGUAACACCCAUCCUUGCCCAGUGGACGGUUAUUGGUGGCAGUGGUCUGAUUGGUCGCCUUGUACCUUGCCCUGUGGUGUGGGAUCUCAAGAGCGCACCCGCGACUGUGUCCCCGGAAGACACGGUGGAGCCAAUUGCUCUGGUGACUCUUUAGAGUCUCAAGAGUGUAAUACACAUCCUUGUCCAGUAGACGGGUUCUGGUUGGAGUGGUCGGAUUGGUCAAUGUGUACCGAGGCAUGUGGUAAUGGUUCUCAAGUGCGCAUGCGUGUUUGUAACCCUGGGAAACAUGGCGGUGCGAACUGUUCCGGAUCGUUUAAUGAAACUCGGGAAUGUAACACACAUCCUUGUCCAGUUGAUGGUUUCUGGUUGGAAUGGUCUGAUUGGUCAAUGUGCUCAGUGUCUUGUGGUAAUGGCUCUCAAGUACGAAUGCGUGGUUGUAACCCUGGCAAACAUGGCGGUGCGAACUGCUCCGGGUCCAGUAGAGAAACACAGGCGUGUAAUACACAUCCUUGCCCAGCUGACGGUUUCUGGUUGGCGUGGUCUGAUUGGUCAUUGUGUACUGUAUCGUGCGGAAAUGGUUCUCAAUUACGCAUGCGUGAUUGUAACCUUGGGAAACAUGGCGGAGCGAACUGUUCCGGAGCAUUCAGUGAAACCCAGGAGUGUAACACACAACCGUGUCCAGUGGACGGCUUUUGGUUGCCUUGGUCUGAUUGGUCAGAUUGCACAGUGUCUUGUGGGAAUGGUUCUCGGACACGCAUGCGUGAAUGUUUCCCAAGUAAACAUGGCGGAGCCAACUGUUCCGGUCCGACUUUAGAAACACAGGAGUGUAACACCCAUCAUUGCCCUGUGAACGGAGUGUGGAGCCCCUGGUCUACCUGGUCCGUCUGUUCGGUGACCUGUGGGGGCGGGAAUCAGGAGAGGGGUCGGGUGUGUGAGGGGCAGAGGUACGGGGGUAAUCCCUGUCAUGGAAGUACGACAGAGAACCAGGGAUGUAACCUCCACCCGUGUCCAGUUGACGGAGUAUUCCAGGAGUGGUCCAUUUGGGGAGACUGCUCAGUGUCGUGUGGUGGUGGCACGAAAAUCAGGACCAGGAAAUGUGUCCAACCAAAGUUUGGCGGAAAAGAGUGUGAGGGCAGUGCAGAAGAGGAGAGUACGUGUAAUCCUCACCCUUGCCCGGUGGACGGUAUAUGGGAAGACUGGUCGGUUUGGAACACGUGUUCGCUCACGUGUGGUGGAGGUACACGUAAACGUGAACGUGUCUGCACCGGGACAGCUCAUGGUGGCAAAGAGUGCGAGGGAAGUGAUUGGGAAGUUGAGGAGUGUAGUACCAACCCAUGCCCUGUUGACGGGAUGUUCCAGGACUGGUCUGUAUGGGGAGACUGUUCAGUCACGUGUGGGGGCGGUAUUAAAACUCGGACCAGGGAUUGUACCCCUCCUCAGUUUGGUGGGACGGACUGUGUGGGGGAGUCUGAAGAGGAAGACACGUGUAACACACAGCCUUGUCCUGGGGUGUCCAUCACUCACCUCCAUCAAGGGAAUGAUGAUAUACAUGGGAACCUUGGGAAGUGUGUGACGGCCAGUUUGCCAGUCACAGAGGUGUCCAUCACUCAUCUCCAUCAAGGGAGUGAUGAUAUACAUGGGAACCUUGGGAAGUGUGUGACGGCCAGUUUGCCAGUCACAGAGGUGUGCAUCACUCACCUCCAUCAAGGGAGUGAUGAUAUACAUGGGAACCUUGGGAAGUGUGUGAAUGGCCAGUUUGUCAGUCACAGAGGGAGUGAUGAUAUACAUGGGAACCUUGGGAAGUGUGUGAUGGCCAGUUUGUCAGUCACAGAGGUGUGCAUCACUCACCUCCAUCAAGGGAGUGAUGAUAUACAUGGGAACCUUGGGAAGUGUGUGAUGGCCAGUUUGUCAGUCACAGAGGUGUGCAUCACUAACCUCCAUCAAGGGAGUGAUGAUAUACAUGGGAACCUUGGGAAGUGUGUGAAUGGCCAGUUUGUCAGUCACAGAGUGGACGGUGUAUGGGAAGAUUGGUCGGUUUGGAACACGUGUUCGCUCACGUGUGGUGGAGGUACACGUAAACGUGAACGUGUCUGCACCGGGACAGCUCAUGGCGGAAAAGAUUGCGAGGGAAGUGAUUGGGAAGUUGAGGAGUGUAGUACCAACCCGUGUCCCGUUGAUGGCGAGUUCACUCCAUGGGGUGACUGGGGCGAGUGUUCAGUCACAUGCGGAGGAGGGACUCGGACGCGGAGGAGAGACUGCAUCCUGCCACAGUAUGGCGGCGAACCAUGUAAUGGCGACCGAUUCCAGAUUGAAGACUGUGGCACGGAGAACUGUCCAGUGGACGGGCGGUGGAACGUGUGGGGGAAGUGGAGCCCAUGCUCGGAAACCUGUGGGGUGGGAACACAGCAAAGAGAGCGGACGUGUGACGGGCCAUACCACGGGGGUAACCCCUGCCAAGGAUUGGCCGAGGAGGACAGGGAAUGUCAACAACCACCCUGCCUUAUACCGGGUGACUGGGAACCGUGGUCUGAUUGGUCGUCAUGCUCUGUCACGUGCGGCGGAGGUAUCCGAAGGCGAUCCCGCCAGUGUGACAUGACGUCACACGGAGACCUGACGGCACCGUGCGCCGGUGAUCCAGAAGAAGAUGAGGAAUGUCACAUUUUCCCCUGUCAGCCAUAUGCCCGCAGUUGUUCCGGCCUGCGAACCCUAGGCUUGACAGAGAGUGCGGAGGCGGAUAUUGAUCCAGAUGGGCCUUCCGGGGAGACCCCUGUCCGAGUGUUCUGUGACAUGGAGGCUCAGGGUGGGGUUGGCGUCACCAUCAUAGGGCAUGACCAAGAAGAAGAGAUUGAGGUGAACGGGUACGAGGGUGCCGGAGAGUACGACACUGGAGAGCUGGUGUACAACGCCACUUGGGAGCAGGUACUCGCAUUAGUCGACCUCUCAGCCUCCUGUCGUCAGUUCGUCAGCUGGAAGUGCAAAGCGGCCCUCAUGCACAACCGCAGAGGUUCGCAGCUAGACGACCAGACCAAGGAUUACAUCCUGACUACUUUCUGGCGGAACCGCACAGGCGGAGCGGCUGAUUACUGGGGCGGGGCACCGCCGGACAGCGGCUCCUGUGACUGCGGUGUGACUAAAACAUGUGCAGACCCCAAAGCGACAUGUAAUUGUGACUCCAACGACGCAGUGUGGAGAGAGGAUGCUGGAUAUAUCAAUGUUAAGAACGAUCUGCCCGUCACCUCCUUCGCUGCUGGAGAUACUGGUAACCUUGACGAAGCCGGCUCCGUUGUGAUUGGGCCAUUGCAAUGUUUCCGGGAGUUGAUCCUCCAAUGAUCCAGCUCGUCCGAAGAGCGGAAUAAUCAAGACGUAUCACAAAUUAUCUCCCAUUUACAGUAGACCAAUCACCAAUCAGUUGUUAUACUUGUGUUUUAUUUCUAUCCUGUUUGAUGAUUGGUCUAUUGUAAGACAACGUGCCAUGUGACCACCGUGAUCUGUGUUGAUUAUGUCAAUGACCGUUGUAUGUGCAGCACCAGUUCACAUUAGUAGUAGUGAAGCAAGUUUUACGUAAGUUGUAAUAUAUAUAUAUACAUAUAUAAGUGUGUGUGUUCUCACCUGCUUUCUUACACUGUGUACAGGGAUGGAAAAUAUCGAACUUGGCAUUGUCACCAUCGGCGAUUUGAGAUGCUCCGGAGAAGAACCUUAAAGAUGGCGCUGCUUAUUUGCUUGCCUGUACCCAACUACGCACAUAUCAGUUGGAAAGUUGAACACCAAUUCAGGAAGUUGUCUCUGAUCAUGCGUUUUGUGACGCGCACUAUAUUUACUGUGAGUAGUUUAGAGCCUAGCUAUCACCGUAAUGUGGCCUUCUAGCUUCGUCACCAGCGGUGGUCUUGUCUGUCAGCAGUCAGGUACCUGAUAUUCGUGGAAUGGUAUAUUAUCCUCUCCACAGGUGAACCUGGCAACGAGUCUGGAAUCAUCACUAUUGGUCCCCUCUUGUGUUGGGGGAACAACGUCAACAGUGCUGUGACGUCACCGCCGUAACCAGGGAUACCCGUUUAAAGCUCGAGACAACUACCUGUAUUGCGAUGUCUCCAAAAGGCAGAUUCUGUUGUUCUUAAAAGUCCUGUUAAUAUCAAAGUGUUAAUUUAAAGGAACACUGCUGAUCACUAAAUAACAAAGUAAAUUAUGUUCGAAUGAAUCACUACGCUUUUGUUUUGCUUUUCACAUCUUUCCUUCAAACUCUUACUCUUCUCGUCACUCUGAAACCACGUUUCCCCUACCGUACGUUUCCUUAUGUGUAGAUGUCGUUACUUUGAUUGCAAUGUUAGUACGUCACGACGCAUUAUACAGGUCCUUCAAACAUACAUCUCUCAACCCUAGCAGCCUUUAAUUCUAUCUCCCUCGUAUCACGGACCUCCCAAGCACGGUCAUACAGAGCAUAAGUGGAGCACGCAUAUCUAAUCACUAUCACGUCCCAGGCGAUAUAAUCCUCUCUUUUUUUAACUCUGAACAGAGUCUAUCGCACCUGUUUUCUUUAUUUUGUAGGUUGCUUCCCCCUACUUGGGCCUAUAUAGUGUCUGUGAGGCCCUAUAUAGUGUCAGUGAGCACGUAUACUCUUUAAAUGGCUGCAGCCUGAAACCUGUGAAAGACACGUCUGCAAGGUGCAACAUCUUUGAAUGGGUUACAGGCUGCACCUAUGUUCCCCCAAUCUCUCUGUAUCCAGUUGCCCGACCUGCUGCUUAGUUCGUUGUAUUUCCAGCACCAUGCCUGAACAAAGUCUUUGAGACGGCUCUUUGUAAAUAUAGUACUUAAUACAGGAAUUUCAUGUAGUGUUAAAUUUUGUCUGGCUCUAUCUUCACUGUUAAAGCCAUUGUAUUAGAUCAUUAUCUAUUUGUCAGUCACGUGGUA